AUGGGGAUAUUGAGAUGGAUGUGCGGACAUACCAGGUUAGACAGAAUUAGAAAUGAAGUUAUCAGGGACAAAAUGGAUGUGAUCUCAGUGGAGGACAAGAUGCGGGAGGUGAGGUUAAGAUGGUUUGGGCAUGUGAAGAGGAGAGGUACAAAUGCUCCAGUGAGGAGGUGUGCGAGGUUGGCCUUGAGGGCCAACAGAGAGGUAGGGGCAAAGCCAAAAAAGUAUUGGGGAGAGACGAUUAGGCAAGAUAUGGCGUUACUCCGACUUACUGAGGACAUGAUCAGGAAUAGGAAGGGAAAAAAAGUACAUACAUACAAAAGAGAAGCCAUUUCCAAUCCCAUUAACUCGAGGACAGAUCCUGCUUCAUCUAAUUGA